AUGCUGCUACUUUUGUGAUUAGCUUCAAGUAUAAUUACUUGUCAAAGCUAAACAUAUUCGUCAAUUAACAGUUUAGUCAUUCUGUUCUUGCUUAGUUAAAUAUGUGUCUUAAGCUGGUGGAUUUGAGAUAGGAAUGAGCUUGAAUGGUUUAGUUCUAGUAUUUCCUUGAUUUGUUUGGAUAAGUAAAUCAUCUCUUGGGUAUUGUUGAACUUCAUUACUCAAAUCGAAUACAAAAAAUUAUUAUGCUUAUAUAGCACAGUGUGUUUUUGGAAAGUGGAGAAUUAACUUGUUGGAAUGAUAUUCAACAGUUGUAACUUUUGUGGUUAUUCUGAUCUCUCCAUGCUUUUUGUGACUCAAUUUGUAUUUAUUAUCAACAUGUAGAACACUAGAGAGACAGCGCAUGCCCUUAGGAAGAUGCCUUUGGACAAGGCAAAGAGAUACUUGGAGGAUGUUCUUGCCCACAAACAGGCUAUUCCCUUCACACGAUUUUGUCGUGGGGUUGGUCGUACUGCUCAGGUAAAGAAUCGCCACUCAAAUGGGCAAGGACGUUGGCCUGUCAAAUCUGCAGGGUUUAUUCUUGAUUUACUCAAGAAUGCUGAGAGUAAUGCUGAGGUCAAAGGCUUGGACGUGGAUUCACUUUACAUAACUCACAUCCAAGUAAACCAAGCGCAGAAACAGAGGCGCCGCACAUACCGUGCCCAUGGAAGAAUCAAUCCCUACAUGUCGAAUCCGUGCCACAUCGAGUUGACAUUGUCUGAGAAGGAAGAAUCUGUCAGGAAGGAGCCCGAGACUCAAUUGGCUCCCAGUAAGACAAAGGCAUCCUCUUGAGUGGAGGAAUGAAUCUCUGAUUUUUCUAAGUAUAAUUUCAAUGUCCCUAUAGCCUUAGUAUCAGGAGAAUUUUGUGGUGUUUGAAGUAUUUUUCCAUAGGAAUGUGUUUUUUUGUAAUUUUUCUAUUUCGGAUUUUGAAGGUUGUCAUUUUGAGGCAUGUUUUCCUAGAAAUUUUGGAGUUCUAUCUUGCAAUUUCAAAGAUUGAAUUGGGAAUGUUUAUGUUUUGACGGCUA